AUGAAACCUAUUCCAUAUGAAGAAGGACAAUGGUCUAGGAUCUUAAAACCUUCGAUUCAUUUAUCUGAUGAUCCAUUGUUUUUAAGAUCAAAGUUAAAAGAUCAAGCAAGUUUAAGUCAACUUCGUAAACGACAUGGUCGAAAAGCAAAAGGUGUAGAAGAGUUUUAUGAAACUCAAAAUGAACAUAUCACAAGUAUGUUAAAAAGUUUAGAAGAAGAUGCACAAGAAGCCAUAGAUCAAAACUCUUCAACUGCCAAACACGUUAGAUGGGCCAUCAGAGCUUCGUUUGUGGUGAAUUGUUGCUUGGCCAUCUUACAACUCUAUGCUGCUAUCUCAUCUCUUUCUUUAUCAUUCUUUGCUACCGCUCUGGAUGCUGUUUUUGAUCCAUUAGCCAACUUGGCUUUAAAUUAUGCUCAUCAAUAUGCAUCUAAAGUAGAUUUAAGAAAAUAUCCAAGUGGUGGAAGUCGAUUUGAAACGAUUGGAAAUAUAAUUUAUUCAACUGUAAUGGGAUGUGGAUCAUUAGUUUUAGUGAUCGAAUCCAUUCAAAGUUUAAUUCAAAACCCAUCAAAUUCAUCUAAACCGAUUUAUCAUUUAUCGGCUGUGAUUACAGUUUGUGUUGCUUUUUUGGCUAAGUUUGGUUUGUUUGUUUAUUGUUGGACGAUUAGGAAUCGUGAUAGUCAAGUUCGUGUGCUUUGGGAAGAUCAUCGAAAUGAUCUUUUCAUCAAUGGUUUUGGAAUCUUUACCAAUGCUGCUGGAGCACAUAUCAAAUGGUGGAUCGAUCCUUUAGGAGCCUUAAUAAUCUCAAUGGCUUUAAUAUAUCUAUGGGGUGAAAGUAUUACAAGAGAAUUUAAAUGUUUAGCAGGCCAAAGUGCACCAGUAGAUUUCAUGCAAAGAGUAGUCUACAAAGCAAUGACGUUUUCAAGUCAUAUAGAAAAGAUAGAUUCAUGUAAAUGUUAUCAUGUAGGACCUAAUUAUUUUGUUGAGAUUGAUAUUGUAUUAGAUGGUAAUACACCACUUUGGUUAGCACAUGAUUUAGGACAAGAUUUACAGGAUAAACUUGAAACUCUUGCACAGGUCGAUAGAGCUUUUGUUCAUUUGGAUCAUGAAGUUGAUCAUAAACCUGAACAUAAUAGGUAUACUUGA